AUGAGAAUCGGUACUAGUCUGUUCAGUGUCCUCUGCCUUGGGAAUGUUGUCAGCUGCUCAGUCCUCUCCUCACUGAGAAUACGAGCCCUGGAUUACUGGAAGCCACAGCCUUCGCUAAAAUGGCAAAUCGUUCUCCAAGAAAGUCUUGGUAGUUUGAAUAUUUCAGGCGUGGAUGUCUAUGAUGUUGAUCUCAAUACCACCUCAAAGGCGCAAAUCACGACACUCCAGGCGAAUGGAAAGAAAGUCAUCUGCUAUUUUUCUGCAGGUAGCUGGGAGAAAUACCGGCCCGAUCAAAGCCUCUCCGAUCCAAGAGACAUUGGCAACAAAAUCGCAAAGGGAGAAACAAGUCAAGAUGGAUAUUGGCCAGGCGAGAAGUGGCUCAACAUCAGAAGUCCAGGAGUCCUAGGAAUUAUGUUUUCCAGAAUUCAACAAGCAGCAGAUAAAGGCUGUGACGCGGUCGACCCCGAUAAUGUUGAUGGUUAUGGAAUCGACCAGUCUGGACCUAACGAUAAUGGCUUCAAUCCCAAGACUGGCUUCAACAUCACCCAAGCAGAUUGCAUCGUUUACCUGACAAGGCUUGCCACAGAAGCGCACAGCCGCGGUCUCGCAAUUGGUUUGAAGAAUGCCAUAGAGAUUGUACCGCAGAUUGAACCUUUGGUUGAUUUCGCCGUGAAUGAGCAGUGUGUGCAAUACAAAGAGUGUUCAACUCCCGCCAAUUUAUCGUCAAUCAGAAACCUGUCUUUCAUAUUGAAUACUCAGCAAAACUGCAGACCCUUUCGAAGGCCACUUUCAACAAAAGCUGUGCUUCUGGAGUGGAGUCGUCAUUCUCGACAAUCAUCAAAGACUGGGACUUGA